CGGGCUGGGGCUGGGCCGGGCUGGGAGCGGCUGCGGUGGCGGCUGCGGUGGCGGCAGUGACCCGGAGUCCGGAUCCCGCGGGGAAGCCAGCGCCGAGCUCUGCGCCCCGGGUCCGGGACCGGAGCCGGGGCCGCCCCAGGACUCCGGCGCCGCGGGGACGGAAUGUGGUCCGGCCCGGCUGGAACCCUGAGCAGAUGGGCCGGCUGAGAGCCAGAGACUUCGCCUUUGCCAGGUCCCCUAGUGACAGCCCAGGACCCAGCCUGCUCCUUUAAAUACUAGCGUGAGAACAUGGACUCUGGUGUGUCUUCCUCGGGGCCGCCCGCCAUGGACCUGGAACAGUCAGAGGCCUCCAAUCCUCUCCCUUUUGGUCCUCCACCCCCAGCUGCUACUCCCUCAGAACCUCAUUGCCCUUGGGACCUGGCAGUCCCUGAGGCAGCUCCAACCAGUGACCUUGAAGGCACGGGGCCCGAGGCUGUGGGGAGCCAGAACCAGAUGGACUUGGACGAAGACCCCAGUGGGCAGGAACUUCAGGACCUGGUGGGCCAGUUCCAGGCUUUGCCUUUAGAUUUGCCAGAAGCACCUUCCCAGAAUGGACACCCCUGCCCCCUCCACAUCGCCACUGGUCAUGGUUUGACCACUCCUGAAGCCUCAGAAAAUCAUGGACUUUUGUCAUCUGAAGCCAGGCAUGAAGAUCUGAUCAAUCUGCUGUGUGGUGAGGAGGGAGCCCCUUUGACUCAAACAGCACCCCCAAGCCCUGAAGGUCCCCAAGGCCCUGUCCCUUGCCUUCUCCAGCCCCCGAAGGACUGUGCUGAAAGGACAGAGGAGGGGUCUGUGGAUGGAGAGGGUAGUUCUAGUAGCUCCCCAGAGCCCUGGCUGGGACCUGGUCCACUGGUCCAUUCUGAGGAUCUUUCUGCCGAUGUUGGCGCCACUCAGAAUUCUGAAGCCUUAGCAUCCUAUCCUACUUUCCAAGAAGUGGCAGGACCCUGUGACCCAGAAGAUCUCCUGGAUGGUGUCAUUUUUGGAGCCAAGUAUCUAGGCUCCACCCAGCUCGUUUCAGAGCGAAACCCAUCUCUAAGUGCCCGCAUGGCCCAGGCCCAAGAGGCUGUGGAUCGGAUCAAGGCUCCUGAGGGAGAGACCCAGCCCAUGACCGAGGUUGAUCUCUUCAUCUCCACAAAGAGGAUUAAAGUCUUGACGGCUGACUCCCAGGAAGCUAUGAUGGAUCACUCCCUGCAGACCAUCUCCUACAUCGCUGACAUUGGCAACGUGGUGGUGCUGAUGGCGCGAAGGCGUCUGGCGAGGCAGCCUGGCUCACAGGAACGGCGACUCUACAAGAUGAUCUGCCAUGUCUUCCACUCAGCAGAUGCCCAGCUGAUUGCCCAAGCCAUUGGACAGGCCUUUGGAGUGGCCUAUGGCCAGUUCCUUCGGGCCAGUGGCAUUGAUCCUAGCCAGCUGAGUACCCAAGACCAUGGAAGGCCGAAGGAAGGGGACCUGCACAAUGGAGACCUGGCCCACUUCUCCAAUCAGGAGAACUGCAGGGAUGUAUGUAUUGAGAAACAACGGGGAGAGUGCCUGGGUGUGGCCCUGGUAGAAUCUGGCUGGGGUUCCCUGCUGCCCACAGCCGUCAUCGCCAACCUGCUGCAUGGUGGUCCAGCUGAGCGCUCUGGGCUGCUGAGCAUUGGGGACCGGCUCACUGCAGUCAAUGGCACCAGCCUGGUGGGGCUGCCCUUAGCCUCAUGCCAGGCUAUAGUCCGAGAACUAAAGUCCGAGACUUCAGUAACACUGAGUAUUGUGCACUGUCCACCUGUCACCACGGCCAUCAUCCGCCGACCUCAUGCUCGAGAGCAGCUGGGCUUUUGUGUGGAAAAUGGCAUUAUCUGCAGCUUGAUGCGAGGAGGCAUUGCAGAGCGCGGCGGAGUCCGAGUUGGACACCGGAUCAUCGAGAUCAAUGGGCAGAGCGUGGUGGCCACCCCCCAUGACAGGAUUAUUCAGCUGCUUACCCAGGCCCAUGAUGAGGUCCAUAUUAAGAUGAUGCCAGCCUCCACCUACCGCCUCCUCACCGGCCAGGAGCAACCCGUCUAUCUGUGACCUGGGAGGGGGGCCCAGCCUGGCCCCCCUGAAUGAUUACCCCAACAUCCACACUCUCAAACCUUGCCUCUCCUGGAAAUCUCGUGGCCAAGACUUUCUCCUGGGCUUUGCCCACUGUGCCAAGGCCAUUUCAGUGCCUUAUGCUCCCGAGGGCCACUUUGGGCCUCAGAUCAUCAGGCCGGAGCUACCACAAUCCUAGACUCAGUUUGCCUGCCUACCUUCUCUCCACCCACCAAAGAGAUGUGUCCCUUUCUGGAGGGGAGGGGCUACAGAAACAACUGUCACUCACAUGGGAUUUUUAACCUAUAAUUUUGGCUGGUAAAGAUUAAACUAUGUAGUGGAAAGA